AUGGAAGGAACGAAAGAGCAGAAUAUUGUGGAAGAUUUAAUGGCAGAGAAGCGGGCUAUUUUGGAAGAGCUGGCUCAGUGUAAAGCUGAUAAAGACUUUGUCUGGAAUCUGUGGCGGAGAUUACAAUCUGCUCAACCCGAUGUUACCUCGGUCGUCAGUAUGGUAGUCGCUCGAGAAAAGGAGAAAGGCGAGGAGAAAGAUAAAAAGGUUUUGGAAAUUUUGCAGGUGAAGGAUGAAAAGAUCAAGGAAUUAAAAGAGAGGAUAUUAGCGGCGGAGGAUGAGUCUCAUUACAGUAAAACACGCUACCACGACCUGUUGAUUGAAAACGAGGAAUUCAAGCAAAAAUUAGAUGAGAUACAAAGCGAGUUUUCGGCAAAGGAGAAAGAACUACGCGAAGAAAAUGGCUAUUUGUCCAGUUUGCUUAAAGCUCAUCAGACGCAGAAGGAGGUGGAUAAUCAAGCCGUUAAAGAAAAUCUGGAUAAGAUAACAGAGGAGAAAAAUCAGCUGAAGUUAAGAAUCGUAAGUUUGGAGAAACAAGUCAGUGAUUUUAGUGAACAGAAGUUAAACAUGGCUUCGGCGAUCGAAGCGAAUGCAACUUUAGAGGAAAAGAUUAGAUCAUUACAAAAUGAGGUCAAUGAGUUGACAUUAAAAAGUGCUGAAGUUGCAAAGAAUUGCGACGAGGCUGAAUUAAAGUUAAAUGAGAAACAAAACGUGGUCAAAGAGCAAUUAGAGUCAUUACAAGAACAGUCUGAAAAAAUUGCAGAACUUGAGAGUGAUUUAGUGGCAGUGAGAAGUGAACUUGAGCAGGCGAAGGAGAGUCACAAACAGGCUAUUAGUCAUAUAACGGAGCAAGAAAACGUUAUCAAGCGUUUGGAAGAACUUCAGGCAAAUAAUCAGAGAGAUCUCAUCGACCGCGAGCAAGAAUAUCGCAAAGGACUUGCUUCUCUGCAGAAGUCUGUGGCCGACCUUCAAGCACGUUGCUCAGUUUAUCAGGAAAAGGAAACCAAGUUACUGCAAGAGACCGAGAGGCUGAGAGAAUCUUCAGCCAAGUUAACAGAAGACGUUAGAGUCAAAGAGUUGAUUAUUGAGGAACUAAAGGACGCUGUCAGAGGUGGCGUUCGUUCGGAAGAAGUUUCGAGACGGGAGGACAGAUUAAAUGAAUCAAGCGAGCGUGACCACAGAGUGCCUCAGAGAGAUAUCAAGAGAGUACAAGAUUCCUAUUCUCGAAAAGGGCUAAAAUCGAAAAGCGGGGAACAACCACCAACGGACGGAUCGGAUGAAAGUGUCGAGGAACUUAGAUCAGAAAUCGCAAUGACGAAUCAAGAGACGGAAAGAAAACUGAAAAAAAUAACAGCUCUUGAUGAGCUUGAGAACCGGCUAAGUGAAAGCAGGAAGCUUAUAGAUGAACUGAAGAAGCUUCUGGAGCUCAAAGAAGCGGAACUUGUAGAAACUAGACGCGCUCAUUCGCAACGGCAACAGCGCUACAGAAUGCUGAAAGAAAAUUACCAACUUGUGCUAGAACAGAUUAAGACUUAUGAGGCUGCAAACGCUGAUCGAACCGGAAGUGACUCUCAACUUCCGGAAAGACCGGAAGAGCGAGAAUUGCGGCAUUUGGAUAGUGACCAAGUCUGGAAAGAGUUGGCUUAUUAUAAACACGAAUACGAGGCUCUGGCGAAAGAAAGGCAUGAUGUUUUGGAGGAGGUGGAUAUUCUUAGAGUCCAGCAUGCUAAUGAUCUGGCGAAUGUCCAGGAGCUCUGUGUUCAAAUCAGCGAAGAGAAAGAGGAGAACUCUUCGCUGCGUAGCAAGAUGGCGGCGGGAGAGGAAGCCUUUGACGCGCUCCGUCUUGAAGUGGAAAAGAGUGAAGACCAGUUGCAGAGUUGGCAGGAAAAGGCUCUCCAAGGACAAUCGUUGAGUAGCGAGCUUGAGGAACAAAACCAGUUUCUGAGGCUCGAAAUAAAGGCGUUACAAGAAAAAAAUCAAACACUCACUGAAGAAUUCAGUGGGUUAGCAGAUGAGUUUGAGACUCUAAAUAGACGUUAUAAUGAGCUGUCAAACAAAGCGGAGACGAGCAAAGUAACAGAAAAACAAAAUGUCGUUGGUAACAAAGAACUGGCCUCUCAAACUGUUAACGCAGAUGCUGAAAUUGUUAAGCAGCAUGUUGAAUCGCUAAGUAGUUAUGAUGAACAAGUAAGGCGUAUCGCUGACAGAAUCUUACGUAGCCCUCCAAAAGACGCUGAAGAAAUACGAGUCACGCAAAGUGUGAAUAUCACGCAAGGAAUCGGUGUCACGCAAGGCACGCAGACAGAUGACUUUCCUCGUUUUGUCGAUUCAAGUGUUAAUGUGAAUUUAGACGCCGAUGAAGUCUUAUCAACGGACGAGGAGGACACCACUGCUUUUAAAAGCAGUGUAAAGAAGGGUAAGGGGCCUGUUCGUAGGCAGGAAACUCCGCAGCCUAAAAAGGUGGCGAAGAAAACACCGCGAAGAAACGAAUGGGCAAGCAUGAAGCAGCGGAUUCUAAGCUUAACGCAAGAAGUUUCAGCACUUCGGCAGUCGAAAGAUAAAGCUGUUAAGUCGUUGAAUCUGCAGAGGAACGAUUUCGAGAGCUUGCAAACGGAGUACAAUUCCUUGCUGUCUAAACUACAACUUAGCAGGAACUCGGUGCAGCAUUUGACUGACAACUUGAAGAUGUGCGAGCGAAAGAACGAACGUUUGGUAGCAGAGUUGAAGGAGCAAAAAGAAGAAGAUGUGAGACCAACUGCACUCUCGAUUGCAGAGUGGAAGCGCUUAGAAGAAGAACUGCGAUUGGCCACAAUGGAGUGCAUUCGGUUGGCAAGCAUUGUUAGAACGCUAGGAGGCGAGAAUGAGCAGCUCAGAGCAAGGCUGAAGGAAUUACAAGACAGUAAUUCAAGGCUUGAGCACGCUGUUACUCAGAAGAAAACACUCCUUGAUGAAAUGAAAACCAAGAUGAAACUCGUGGAAGAAAAAGCCAAGCAAGACUCAGACACGGCAAAGAAUUUGGAAGAGAGGUGUUCUCAGCUUAAAGAAAGGGAGAAAACUAACAAACUACGAAUUGAAACUCUUGAGCACCGACUGGAUGGGGAGAUGAGGGACAAACAGAAAUUUCGUCAAGAACUGAUGAACUGCCAGGAGGAGCUUAAGAAAAAGACUCAACAGUUAACAAGGUAGGGUCUCACUGACGUAGAAGUAGAAGCACCGAGUUUCUUUAACCUCCCCACCCCCUCCCCCUCACAUUCAAGGAAGCGAGAUGUUUGUAAUAGCCAGGAGAAAUUAUCGUACAUCAGUAUGCCUGGUAAAUGGGUUUCUGUUCUAGCGAGCGGGAAGUUAUGCUAUCCAAUAGCAUAGCCAGCCUACGAACGCAGACGUAUUUCCGGUCGUCGGUUCUCUCCGGCACUCGAAAAGAAACAUCUGCGAACCCGAGCUGGGAAAUGGUUUCUGUGACGUAGGACAUCAUUAGCGAAUCACAGUUUAGCUCUUAAAAACCAAGGACUAAUCAAUCUUCUAAGAUUCGUGCACGGUGGGUAUGUUUACAAGUCGAAAAUGAAUGGGCGCCGCGUCUACAAAAGCUUUUUGCCAGGAUUAUUACUUUUCGGGUGAAGAAAACUAACGACCGGAAGUACAUCUGCUUUUGCAGGCUAUUAUAAAGCUCAUGUUGAAAAACGGGUCCAUGAUUAAGAUACGGUAAAAAGUAAGUUGGUACUAAAUUUUCAUCGGAAAACGUUCAGAGGAGGCAGAGUUUUGUUAGAAGCAAUAGUUUUGCGAUAAAAAUACGUCUUAUGUACAUAGGUUUAGGGUUAGAUCUAGAUUACGCAGGAGAGAACGAGGAAAUGUAGCUUUCUUUUUUAUACAAACGCAGUUUUUAGAUCUGCACGAUCCAUUAGCAACCCUUUCCAAUUUAAAACAGUUCGCGCCAAUUGUAUUAUAGUGGGUAACCUGUACGGGAAAUCUUUUUUACUGCCGAUAUUAAUUUACAGCAGCCUAUGCUUUACUGAGUACUUUCUCCAGAAAUAUUUGUCAAAAUGAGUAUAAAAUAUAUUGCCCCGACACGCUAAAACGAUUUUCUUUGGAAGCAGGGGCGGAUCCAGGAUUUUUUUAAGGAGGGGUGCACUCGUCUCUUGCUCUACUUCAACACCAAUAAAGCACAUAGUUUUUUUUUUGCAGAAUACCAGUUGUACAGUUGUAUUAGAAAACCGCAGGUCAUCUCAGGGGGGGGUGCACCCCCUGCACCGUCCCCUAGAUCCGCCCCUGGGAAGAAUGCAAUUUUAAUUCUCUGUUUGCAGAUCCCAGACUUUGCGUAACCAAGCUAAAUUAGUGGUAAGCGAGAUGGAGGCAGCGGCUACGAAGCAGCUUCAGGGAUUGGCCAAUCAGAGCGAAGCAACGAUAGCCUCGCUUCAGCGCAAGCUCGAUAAGGCCCAGGAACGAAUCGAGGAGUUUCAAGCAUUUGUGCGAACUCUUGUGGAAGAACUACUCGCAAGUACGCGCGCGAUGCGUCGCAAACUAGACGAGCUACACGAAAAACAGUGGCGAGAAACAUCGAGAACUGCUGCGAAAGAAGCUCGGAGCAAAGCUUGCUCAAUACUGAACAUUUCGUCGAAGGAUCUAGAAAAUAUCAUGGAGGAAAGCGCAGCUCAGAAGGAGGAAGAGGCGAGGUUGAUGACAGAGCAAGAGAACGCAUGGAUGGCAGAAGUGGAAUCCGCCCUGAAGCGUCAAGGAGCGUUUGCAGUUCCGCUUCUAGAAGUGUUACUGGAUUUGGUGGAUGAGCGAGUGGCUGCUGAAGCCAAAUUGGCAGGAUCUUAA